AGGUUUCGAUCGCAAAGCUUAGUUAGCAUGUUAGCUAGCGAGAGUAUGUGGGUUGCUUUCCUAGUUGUAUAACGAACACCUGUGGCACACAUGCUUGUGCUUUUAUUCAAUCGAUUUCGAGCAAUUGCGUUAAGAGCGAUAUUCUAUUGCACCCUAAUGUUACUUGUUUAGAAUGGCUCAAUGAAAAAAAAGCUUAGCCAUGAGGAUUACUGUACAGUAGGUCAUGGUAGCGCUUCCCCGAGUGGAUUCACUACAGGGUCAAGAAAAACCUGACAGUAUUUCAACCGCUGGGCAGUAGAUAAAAUAGCUGGAAACGGUAAAGUUGUUGCUACCGCAUGCACAUUUUGACCUUUGAUAGUACUGCUGCAUUUUUAAAGGCAGAUUAAAGGUAGUAGAUGUGGUGUGAAAACUUAGGUUAUUAGGGCUGAACGAUAUUAGAAAAACUGACAUUGCGACUUUUUGAGGGUUUGCGAUAUUUAUUGCAAUUUUAAAACGAGAAGAAUUUUCACCAGAUGACUUGAAUAGCUCCGUUUGGGAAUACUUUGUUUGACUCACUAUGACCACAUUGUAUUUAUUAGAGAUGUCCCGAUCCGAUCACGUAAUCCGAAAUGGGGCUGAUCGCGCCAUUUUUUUUAGAGGAUCGGAAUCGGUUGAAAAGAAUCGGGUUUUUAAUUUAAAAAAAUAUACAGUGGUGCCUCGACAUACGAUCGCUUCGACACACGAUCUUUUCGACAUCCGACGUAAACUUUUACUCGCCAUUUGUUUCUACAUCCGACGACAUGCUCGAAAUACGCUGAUUUAUGACAGGCCGGCAGGGUCUUUGUUUUCCCACGAGACGGACGCGUGGUGGAUUUUUUUGUGAGAGAAAUCAACAUGGGUCCAACAAUUUUAUUGCAGGUGGUGAAAAAAGGUGGGUCUUAUCACUGAAAUGAAGUUUGAAAUGAUAGGGAAGUAUGAGCGUGAUGUCCGCGUCCACAAACUGGCUCGACAAAUCAAUAUGGCCGUAGAAUGGCUACAAGCUCCGCGGUCCUCCUCCGUUCGCCAGUCUUUAUAAGUCAAGGUGACAUUAUUAUUGUAACAUCACCAAAGAAAUCGCCAGCUUCGUCAGGUUAUUAAUCAUUUAUUUCAGAACUUGCCUUCACAACAUGCCUAUUGUCCCGGGCAGCUGACGCCCAACAACAGAACACGAAAAAAUGAAAGUUAAAACUCUAAUACACUCUCUCGCACUGUGCUGUCAGCCCCACGGUGCGUUCAGGUACACCAUGCAAAAAACAUCUGCCACAUUAGAACCCGAUUUGUUACAUAUUACAGAUAUUAUUAUUAUAUUAUUAUUCCGAUUUUUAUUCAUAAUGUAUUUGUUUUUCUCUUUGUAUUUGCUAUUUGCAAUAAUAACAGCUGUAUUUAUUAAAGAUUUAGUGUCGGUUUUUGGGCUCUGGAACGAAUUAAUGGCAUUAUAAUGUAUUCUUAUGGGAAAAUCCUGCUCUACAUACGACCAUUUCGACGUACAAACAAGGUCCUGGAACGAAUUAACUUCGUAUGUAGAGGUACCACUGUAUAGUUAUGUUUUUCUGCUUCAUGCUCAUACAGCUUCUCACCCUCCCUCCUGCUAAGCGGUUCGACCAAACUGAUUUUCUUGGUCACCAGUGCUGCUGGCAUUUGGUACUUAAAGAUGAUUGACAGUUUUGUAGUUUUGAUCUGGCCAGAGACGCCACGGUAGGUCCACAAUCAAAGGCUUUAAUGUUUUGAUUAUCGUUAAGCUUGGUACACUGUCUGAAGUGUGCUGUGGCAACUCAUUGUGUUUUUUCGGUAUCACAUCGGGACUUGGUAUCUUCAGAUUCUCAAAAUUAGGUGACUUGGUGUAUAUGAAAGGGAUCAAGGAAUCCAUGCAUCUGCACAAUUGCUGCUUUUAUGAAGUAAAAAGUUUACGUUAAAAAACAAUUGCAAGUCCUGCGAAGGGACUACUGCGCUUGCGCACAUUGCGAUGGCGAUGUUCAAACGAUAUAUUGUGCAGGCCUAGUUAUUAUUGUGCAGUGAAUGCAUUUCAACCGGAAAGGUUCGAGCUUCAUCGGGUAUAAAAUGUGAGGACGUUUUUUCAACGAGUCAUCUAAUUGAUCAUUGCAAUAUGGACAAAAAUGACAAAAUUAAUUUUGUAAAUUACAUGAUAUUAAUGGCAAAUAUCUGGGAUCUUUUCAGUCUAUAAAAUACAUAUUUCGCAUAGGACACCGUAACAUGUAAAAUGCUCAGUUAACAUACAAUAAAACACUAAUAUCAUGCAGACAAAGUAUUAGAGCUGAAACGAAUACUCGAGCAACUCGAGUAACUCGAGUUUAAAAACUGAUCCGAGUAAUUUUAUUCACCUAGAGGAAUCGUUUAAUUUUGCCAGCUCUAAGCAUCAAGUUUUGCCUGGACUACUUUUAAUGCAGGACAACGUGCUGACGUCACGUGCUUAGAGGAAGAAGCAAUAAAAAAAAAAAAAAAAAACUUACUGCAGUCGACAGCCGCUACAAACUACGCUGACGUUGCUAAAAGCUACGUCCGCAUGAUGCUAGUGUGGUAGAGCGUAAUGUCCGAUGCGUCUCAUAGAUAUCGCAUGCAUUUAGGACUAGAUGCGAAAUGAUAGACUCUGCCGCGUCUGGGCAGCGUUAGUAAACAGCCGCCAUCUUUAAGCAGUAGACUUCUCAGCGCGAAUAAAUAUAACGUUACUGUCACUUGCUCACGUAACGUUAGCCCUUCGGAGGGCUAGGUUUCGAUUGAUUAUGACCACUGUCGAUGCGUGGCUAACGUGUCUUACAUACAGGCUUUAUUUGAUCUGUAAAAACACAGCGCUGUAGAGUGAUGAGGGUGUAAAAUUAAAACAUAAUAAAGCUAACUUUCAGUUUUAGCUCAGUAGUCAUUGCUGAAUAAAACACCAAGUAGCACUGGUACCUAAUGUGCUCCAAUACAGCAAGUAUCAUACAUUUAUUUUGAACACUGCAAAACCUCAAAAUCCUAUCAGUACUACAGUUUAGACUAACUUAAAACUUAACUAGAACUUAAAAAUAGCUUGACACAAAUGGAAAUUCAAUUGAAACAUGUGGGAAAAACACGUAGCUUUCAAGUGAUGUGUGUUAUCAAGCGUAAUUACAUUUUUAGGUAAGAAAUGUUUUUUUUUUUUUUUUUUUGAGUGAAAGCAGUGAUUUUUUUUUUGUCACAUCUGAGAUGCAAUUGUUGGCUGUUUUCAACAAUGUACAUCGAAAAUAAAGACAUUGAUUGACUGAAAAUGGUUCAAUAUUGGAUUAAAUGUCUUUUUUUUCAUGUAUAUUUAUAAUUGCUCUUUACCUAAAAAAAAUGUUUUCUCUGAUUACUCGAUUAAUCGAUAGAAUUUUCAGUCGAUUACUCGAUUACUAAAAUAUUCGAUAGCUGCAGCCCUACAAAAUAUUACCAAAUAUUUGGUAGUCAGCCACUGUAGCAAGAAAAAAAAAAAAAAAAAAAAAGAACACAGUGUGUCAAGUAACUUCAAGUAUGCCUGCCGUUUAUCCAGUGGAAGGGCUUAUAAAUGAACUGUUAUGAACUGAUUUCCGAUCACAUGUUCGGAAAUUUGGCCGAUCGGACCAUUUUUCAGAGGAUCGGAAUCGGGUGAAAAGGAUUGAGUUUUUCAUAAAAAAAUAUAAAAAAAAAGAUAUAUAUAUAUAUAUUUAUAAAUAAUAAGGGCUAAAAAGUAACAAAAUAAUCCAGAAAUAAAAUGGCAUUGCCAAAAGAAACAAAAAUAUGUAUGUUUUAUACUCUGCAACACUCCCGGAAAAAGUUGUUACAUGUUACACUACAGUGCUUUAACAUGUUUAGAACUACAGUUCAAAAAAGAAAAAAACUUUCUUUUCAGCAUCGGAGUGGGACACUGUAUCAGCAGGUUCUCAAAAUUAGGUGACUCGGACUUGGGUGCAAAAAAAUAUGCGAUCGGGACAUCCCCAGUUUUGGACAAGGAACAUCUAAAAAUAGACUGAUUUCAAAUAGAAAUUAUCUUUCUAAUAAAUUAAUGGAAUUAUUGCUUCAUGUUUUUCAAUCCAUCCAUUUUCAACACUGCUUCUCCUUCUAAGGGUCAUGGGAGCCAAUCUCAGCUGACUUCAGUUGAAAGGUGUACUACACUCUAAACUGGUCGCCAGUCAGUUGUUGGGCACACACAGGAAAAGACGACCAGUCGGACUCAAUCAAACCAACACUGAGCAAGGUGUGGCUCACACAAAAAGAUCUGUAAGCACUCAGGAGGAGAGUCUCUAAAACAACAAGCUCUGCCUCAAAGGGGCAUUCCAGCGACUGAUGUCCUGCAGGUUUGGGUGACCAUCAUGGCUUUCCCGUGGUCUGGUGACCCCUGAUGACCCCUUGGCUCUGACCCUCUGACCCUAUCAUUCUUAAGCCCCUGAAAAGACUCACGCUGUGCAUGAGCUGCAGUGGGGUGGACUUCCAAAUGCCUACCUCACGCCUAAAGAGCAAGUCACCACAACCACAGCCCUGAUCAGCAGCCACCAUGACAUCAAGCAUAGGGGAUGAUUGUAGCAUCUUUGAUGGGUUGAUGGAAGAAGAUGAAAAGGAUAAAGCAAAACGAGUGUCCCGUAACAAGUCUGAAAAGAAACGGAGAGACCAGUUCAAUGUCCUCAUCAAGGAACUUGGCACCAUGUUGCCUGGUAACACCAGGAAGAUGGACAAGUCCACUAUCCUGCAGAAAAGUAUCGACUUCCUGUGUAAACACAAAGAAAUUGCUGCCCAGUCUGAGUCCAGUGAGAUCAGGCAGGACUGGAAGCCGCCAUUUCUUAGCAAUGAGGAGUUCACCCAGCUCAUGUUGGAGGCUCUGGAUGGCUUCUUCAUAGCAAUAAUGACUGACGGCAAUAUUCUCUAUGUGUCAGAGAGUGUUACCUCAUUACUGGAGCAUCUUCCUGCGGACCUGGUGGACCAGAACUUGUUAAACUUUCUUCCAGUUGGUGAACACUCAGAAGUGUACAAAGCCCUGUCCACUCACCCCAAUGACACAGAAACCAUCACAUCAGAUUAUUUAAAGAGUAAGAAUUACAUGGAAUUCUGUUGUCAUAUGCUCCGAGGGUCAAUUGAUCCCAAAGAACCUCCUAUCUACGAAUAUGUGAGCUUCAUCGGAAAUUUCAAGUCAUUGAACAAUGUUCCUAAUGUGACCCGGAAUGGUCUGGCGGGGGUGUUACAGCGCUCUUUACAGCCAGCUUUUGACGACCAAGUGUGCUUCGUGGCUACUGUACGGCUUACUAAACCUCAGUUUAUCAAGGAAAUGUGUACAGUGGAAGAGCCUAAUGAAGAAUUUACCUCGAGGCACAGUUUGGAGUGGAAGUUUCUCUUUCUAGAUCACAGAGCUCCACCAAUUAUAGGCUACUUACCAUUUGAGGUUCUGGGAACUUCAGGGUACGACUAUUAUCAUGUGGACGACCUGGAGACGCUUGCUAAAUGCCACGAACACUUGAUGCAGUACGGUAAAGGGAAGUCUUGUUACUACCGUUUCCUGACUAAAGGUCAACAGUGGAUAUGGCUGCAGACGCACUACUAUAUCACCUACCACCAGUGGAACUCUCGACCUGAGUUUAUUGUCUGCACCCACACAGUAGUCAGCUAUGCAGAAGUGAGGGCUGAACAGAGAAGGGAGCUGGGCAUUGAAGAGUCCAAACCUGAGGUUACUAUGGACAAGAGCCAGGACUCUGGUUCCGAGCUGAACACAUCUAGCCUCAAGGAGGCAUUAGAAAGGUUUGAUCACAGCCGAACGCCCUCAACCUCUUCACGGAGUUCUCGCAAGUCCUCAUCGCACGUUUCGGACAACACUUGCACUUCCUCCAAGUUACAUAUGGAUACAGCGACACCUCCACGACAGUCCCUGGCUUCAACCAUGGAGGUGACAUCACAGCGUCGAUCAUCAAUAAGCAGCCAGUCAAUGAGCUCUCAGACUACUGGCCAGAGUGUGACUCCGAGUAUGAUUACUCAACAACAACAACAGCAGCAGCAGCAGGUGCAACAGCAGCAGCAACAGCAACAACAACAACAACAGCAGCAGCAGCAGCAGCAGCAGCAACAACAACAGCAGCAACAGCAACAACAACAACAACAACCGCAGCAAUUGUCAUCAAAUGUUCAGCCAGUGAUGGAAUUCUCAGCACAGGUGAAUGCUAUGCAGCAUCUGAAGGAGCAGCUGGAGCAAAGGACCAGAAUGAUACAGGCAAACAUUCAGCGGCAGCAGGAGGAGCUAAGAAACAUCCAAGAGCAGCUGCAGAGGGUCCAAGGGCAGGGUAUCCAGAUGUUAUUGCAGCAGCAGGGUGGCGCGAUGAAUGUGCAGAUCCCACAGGUAGCGUCAGUCCAACAGUCAAGCACUCUUAGCAACCAGGCCCCACAAACGGCAAUCAACCCUGUUCAUUCGGGAACCCAACAGCUUACCAUCCAGCAGCAGGCCCCUACUCAGCAAACCCUUCAGCAGCAGACUCAACGGCAGUCUCAGCAGGCCCCCCAGGCUCAGCCACAGGCCCAGAACUCUGUUCCAACUCAACUGUACAACACCAUGAUGAUCUCCCAGCCAGGCCAGCACAACGUGCUACAGAUCAGCACCAGUUUGCCGCAGAACAACACGCCGCAAGGGACCACUGUGGCUACUUUCACGCAGGACCGUCAGAUUCGUUUUCCAGCAGGGCAGCAGCUGGUGACCAAACUUGUGACAGCUCCAAUGGCAUGCGGUGCUGUCAUGGUGCCCACUUCCAUGUUUAUGGGCCAGGUGGUCACUGCAUACAACCCUUUUGGUGGGCAACAGCAGGGAGGACAAACCCAAACGCUGACUCUUCAACCAGCGCAACCUCCCCAGGGUCAGACUGAGAGCUCCAACCCAUCUACUGUCGUGGCGCAGAGCAGCCAACAAGGGCCGCAGCAACAACAGCAGCAGCAAUUCCUACAGGGCACUCGCCUUCUCCAUAGUAAUCAAUCAACCCAGCUCAUUCUGCAGGCAGCUUUUCCACUUCAGCAGCAGGGUACUUUUACUCAGACAUCUCAUCAACAACAGCAGCAGCAUCCACAACAACAACAACAACAAUCACAGCAAAGGCAACCACAACAACAACAGCAGCAGCAACAACAGCAACAGCAGCAGCAACAAUCCCACCACCAGAGGCAUCAGCAGCAACUCAAACCUCAGCCCCAGAAGCAGCAGAAAGCGCCGUCGUCACACAGGACGGACAGUGUCAGCAGCCAACCGCAGUAAGGUCUGGAGAGCAGCACAGCACUUAUUUGGGAAAGAAAAGAGGAAAGUCCAAGGGCCUGCCGCAUACAUUUGUUUGAUUUGUUUGGCUGGCUAACCUUUCGGGCCGAAAAGGUGCGAUCACAGAAAUGAGGAAAUAUGCGACUCCACGAGGAUCUCAGCGGAGAGGAUCACCAGGAACAGCUGGACGAAUGAACCUCCGGCCAGCUCCCCGUUUUCUCUUGGAUGGAAAGGCGCUCAUGUGUCUGUGGAGUAUGACAAAAACACCUCAUCGCCACGGUAACAGAAGACUUUUGUGUCAAACUGGACUAACCUUGUAUAAAUUUCCUGUAUGAUAUUAAGAAAAGUGUAAAUAUCCAAUAUAGCCUAACAGGAAACAGAAAUGUAGUAUUUUAUAUGAUUGCAUGGAAAGAAUAACUGUGUAAGCUUUUAUUAGUCGCUUUUGAAAAUUUUUACUUUGUUCAAAGUGUUUCCUGGCGUGAUGACAAAACCCCUCAAAUGAACCUGCCCCUCACACUUUCUCACUUAAGCCCACAAUUAGCUUAUACUAGUCUGUUUGGGGUAUAGAAGGUGAAGUGAGGUUUGUUUUUUGUUUUUUUUCAAUGCAAGUGUUUUAAAGCACUGUGACAUUAGUCCUUUUACACUGCCUGCUAAAGACACUUUUUUCCUUGUUGCGUUUCUAUAUAAAGUGCACAGGCACGAAAUGGCAGGGAGAAGGACAAAGUCGAACCCGCACGUUUUCCACCUGGGGAAGUGCUAUCAGUGCCAUAACAGACGGGGCGCCACCGGUGCGUAUGUGGAUUACGCAAUUCCUGGUUGCGUUGCACUUUGUCACUCUAGGCGCUGAUGCUGUCAUGCAUCUCGUGAUCAAAACGUGGGAUGCCCAGUCAGUCGCUUUGUGAAAGCGCAUACAGCAGAAGGCAAAUACCGCCCUCCUGUUACGGCUCUGAUCUGGUAUUUCACAGGAACUCUGUAAAACAGGCUAUUGACACAUUAAUGUAUUUUAAACUCUUUGACAAAAAAAUUGAUUACAGUCCAACUGAAUUGUUUUAUGCGUACAAGAGGUUUAGUGAUUCCAAGUGCCAAUUAAAUAGUCCCGUUUGUUUUAAUUACCAACAGCAAAGGCAUACAUACACAAAUCUAUAUUUUCCAACAAAAGCUAAACCCUAACAAUGCUCAUGCGCGUGUGUAUGUAUAUAUAUAUAUGUAGAAGGGAUUAUUUUUUAACAGUCAGAGAGCCCUAUACGUAACAAACAGUAUAUCCUCAUGAAACUUCAGCACUUGAUGUGGUUGUGUACAGUAAAUCACUGUCCCUGAGACCAUGUUGCUUGUCAACUGUGGCGUGACACUUGGUGUGAGAAUUCUUGUGUGUCUGUGUGUGAGAGGGUUUGUUUGUGCAUGUGCACGUGUGUGUGUCUUUCAGUAACUGACUUAGUAAGUUGCCGGAUGGUACUUGUACUCUCAGGAAUGUGGAAAGUUUUGCUUCUGCCUCAGUCUGGAACCAGACCAGGAAGGGUUAAAUUGUGCUGUAAGGACCAGAGGCUAGAGUGGGGAGAAAAUUCACAAGGGGUAUGAUGAUGACGAUACAACCCACUUUUAUUUUUUUAACAGAAAAAUAUCAGAAGUUGCAAUUUGGACCUGUAAACCUCAUUACAGACGCGUCUCCUUGCUUCAUGCUCCACAGUUUAACCCUUCCCCUCCUCGUUGGGCCUCAGAAUAUACAAAUCAUGCAGUUCACUACAAUAGUUCCUCAGUUCUCAAACAGCAGUAAAACCAGGACCAGGUCCCUUAGGGCCUCCUCACUACACCUGUAAGCCAUAUCAAACGAAAAAGCCUCGGUUUCAAGGAGGGGUUAAAACCUUUGGCGAAGGAGUGAUAUGUGUGAAUGUUUUUUGGGAUGUGUCUAAGUGGAACCUUCGAAGUUGAAUUGGUCUUACAUGUUCUACUUUCAAAUCUGUUUUUGUUAUUACAAGUAAUGUCAACCAAAAAGGCAUUUGCUGACUCCAUAAAACUCCAUAAAAACUUAACGACAGGCAGUUUUCUCAGGCUGCAACUAUCGAUUAUUUUAGUAGUCUAUUAAUUGAUGAACUGUUUAGUUCGAAUUAUCGAUUAAUCGGAUAAGGAACAUGAAAAAUUAAAAUACCUGAGCUGAGCCUCAAACGGUAUUUAAAAAAAAAAAAAAAAAAAAAAAAAAAAAAAAAAAAAAAAGAGGAUCUAUGUACAACAAAAGAACUGGCUAACUUACAUAGCAAAAGUCCGCUAGCUGAAAUGCUAUAAAAUGCUAACUUUUUUUUUUUUUUUUUUUUUUUACAAUGCUCAUAACAAAUGGUUCAGACACAUAUUCCCACAAAAACGGCAAAAUAUAUCUAUAAAUUAUGAAUGCAUUAAAAAAACAUUUGCUCACUUAUGUUACGUUGGUCUUAACAGGGAGCAGUUGGAUUCAGCCAUGUAAAAUAAGGCAGACCAGAGGGCAGUGUAUCCCCCCUAAUCAAUAAAACUAAAUGCAAACACUUUCAAAACAAACCAUUACAACGCCACUUUAAUUAAAUUAAUACUCGAAGCAAUAUUUUUUUCUAAUCGAAUACUCGAGUUAAUCGAUUAAUCGUCGCAGCACUACACCUUUCAAAUCUGAAGAAACUCCUAGUUAACCACUGUGUAAUUACAGUAAUUUUCGGGCUAUAAGCCGCUACUUUUUUCCCAAAUUUUGAAUCCUGCGGUUUAUAGACCAGUGUGGAUUAUUUGUUGAUUUAUUUGGGUUUAUAGGUAACGCUUUAUCUGACAGCAGCGUCAUAAGACUGUCAUAAUUAUGACAUGACACUAACAUUGGCAUUACUGAAUGCUUAUGACAGAUGUCAUUAAGUGUCAUCCGUCAAAUUAUGUUACUCCAUUUAUGUCAGUCUCGGAUCUUUUACGUCCAUUGAAAAGUGAUAUAAUUGGCUGGAUGACACGAAAUGACAUCUGUUAUAAGCAUUCAUUAAUGCUCAUGACAGUGUCAUGUCAUAAUUAUGAUUGUCUUAUGACAGUCUGAUGGCACAACUGUCAAAUAAAAUGUUACUAAAUACCAUAACAAGCAAUUAAUGAAACAACUGGAACAGUAACUGAUGAACUAAUUCGCAUAAAACAUGAAUUUGAUUGUUAUUUACAUCUUUAGCACCGCAAAGCAUGCAAGGAAGCAUGUUGACUGUCUCCCCAAGGGAAUAGCGAUGGCCAAAUGAGGUUUUUUGAAGCAAUGAAGCUUUGCGGCCAAUUGUUUCAGUUUCAUGGUGGUUCAUUUGGUCUUAUGACAGUCUUAUGAUGCCGCUGUUGCAUAAAGUGUUACCGGUUAAUAACUUAUGGUGUAAAUAUCCCAUAAUACAGUGAGGACAGCUGCGGUUUAUAGUCCAGUGCAGCUUAUCUAUGAACAAACGUUUUUUUCUUGUCAAAUUUGUCAGGUGAGCCUUAUAGUCCGAAAAUCGCGGUAACCUAAAGUAAGGUUUUACAGUAACAUUUUGCUUUGAAUUUGAACCCAAAAGCAUGAAACAGAUUGUUGGCAAGCGUCUAUUGCCAUUGUCAUACUGUUCAUUUGAUGUCAUGCUUUGUGUGAAAUGUAUGCGUCAUAAUAUUUUCUAUCAUAUAAUUAAAGUUUUUGCUGGUUACAUAAAAAAAAAAAAAAAAACGUUGCUCAUUGAGCUGUGAAGUAUCGCAAUCGUAGUUGAUGUCAGACAUCGUUCAUGGGAUAUUUUUCUAGAAAGUAUGAACUCUGUUGAGGGUAUUUAACUUUCGAGAUUCCACUCUUCAUUCUUGAGUGUUUGUUUUUUUGUGUGUGUGUGCGCUUGUAUGCGUGUGCAUGCAUGGUGUAUAUAAUGUCUCCGUUUCCUGAGUUGUUCUUGUAAUUCUCAGGGGAAUCAAUAUCGGUUACCCCUGGCGAUAGCCAAUCAGUUCUUGCGUUGCAGUAUAAAAAAAUUGUAAUAUUCAAGAAACUUUCCUCGCCGGUUGGGCUCAGUGUUCUGGUAGCCCGUGUGUGGGACUGCUCAACUUGAAUAAGUGUGACCGCGUGUGCGUUUGUUUGCUAAAGAGUGAAUGUGUGUGUUUGUGUAAGCAUGCUAAACGUGUCACUGUCAAACCAUAUUAUUUUCAUAUGGAAAUAGAUGUGUGAGUGGAAAAAGAAUGGAUGUUUUUAGGCAAUGCAGCAGAUUAAUUCCCUGCCCCCAUCCACCACCUUGAUGAGUUGUAGAAAAAUGACUGACAACUCAACACCUGUAUCACAGUAAUACAAAAGAUCUAAGAGCUAAUUCGGAAUGCAAGUUUGAAAACCCACCCUGUAGUUUACUGUAGAUUAUUUUGUGUGUGGUAUCACUGUGAAGCGUGAUGCUGAUCUGUUCCUUUCUUGAGUGUGUCACUGAUAAGCCAGCCCAAAGAAUGUACAGUAGGUCGAUAGGUGUUUUUCUUAUUUUUAAAAGAGACUAAUGGAUGUUUUUGUUCAUGAUAAGGAAAACAUGGUGAGACAAAGACAUGUUUCUUUAAAAAAAAAAAAUCUAGAUAUAACAAUGGACAGGUUCAACAUUAUAAAAGAAGCCCUGAAUGCUACUACUAAAAAAAAAAAUCCCCCAAUUAAAUUGAGGUGUAUGAUAUAUGAAAUGAUGGACAAGACAGCGGGCGUCCGUUCUCACAGAUAACUUACCCACAACACAAAUUGGUUUAAAAGGUAGUGUAAUACUGUACACAAAAGACAACCGUAUUCAGUAAAACGGUGCUAUGCUUUCCUGUACUGUAUGUACCCUGUAUGUAUAUCCCUGUGCUCCUUUUAUCUACCCCAAAGUCAAAUGUAAUAAUGAUAUUUUGAAACAAAAAUGUUAUUGUUACUCUCUCAUCUUGGUCAAUUUCAAAAUAAACAGCUGCGAAUAUCAUAUACGACAAUGUGAAUGACUGUCUUUCCUAAAAUAUGUAUAUGGCGGAAAACACAGACAAGGCUGACAAAGCAGUUUCUGCUCUUGCACCCCU